CGGUGACUGGACGCUGAGGACCUGCUUGCUCGCUGCUCCCACCCCGCCGCCUCGUCCCGCGUGCUCCACUUCGCUCCAUCCACCGAGCCCUCCGCCAGGCGCCAUGCAUCCCGCGCGCCCCGCGCUCUGGGCGGCUGCGCUCACCGCCCUCACUCUGCUCCGCGGACCGCCAGUGGCGCGGGCCGGCGCGGGCGCGGUGGGCGCGGGCCCCGUGGUGCGCUGCGAACCGUGCGACGCGCGUGCGCUGGCCCAGUGCGCGCCUCCGCCCACCGCGCCCGCGUGCACGGAGCUGGUGCGAGAACCCGGCUGCGGCUGCUGCCUGACUUGCGCGCUGCGCGAAGGCGACGCGUGCGGCGUCUACACGGAGCGCUGUGGCACCGGCCUCCGCUGCCAGCCGCGACCGGCCGAGCAGUAUCCCCUGAAGGCGCUGCUGAAUGGCCGCGGGUUCUGCGCCAACGCCAGCGCCGCCAGCAGCCUGAGUGCCUACCUCCCCUCCCAGCCGUCUCCUGGAAACACCACUGAGUCUGAGGAGGACCACAAUGCUGGGAGUGUGGAAAGCCAGGUUGUCCCCAGCACACACCGCGUGACUGAUUCCAAGUUCCAUCCACUCCAUUCAAAGAUGGAGGUCAUCAUAAAAGGCCAGGCUAGGGACAGCCAGCGCUACAAAGUUGACUAUGAGUCCCAGAGCACAGACACCCAGAACUUCUCCUCCGAGUCUAAGCGGGAGACAGAAUAUGGUCCCUGCCGCAGAGAAAUGGAGGACACACUGAAUCAUCUGAAGUUCCUCAAUGUGCUGAGUCCCAGGGGCGUCCACAUCCCAAACUGUGACAAGAAGGGGUUCUAUAAGAAGAAACAGUGUCGCCCUUCCAAAGGCAGAAAGCGGGGCUUCUGCUGGUGCGUGGACAAGUACGGGCAGCCAUUGCCAGGCUAUGACACCAAGGGGAAAGACGACGUGCAUUGCCUCAGCGUGCAGAGCCAGUAGAUACCGCUGUGCCACUUAACGUGGAGCUCAAAUACGCCUUAUUUUGCACAAAAGACUGCCAACAACGUGAUCAGCAGCUGGCUAUACCUUGAUUUAUAUUUCUCUCUCCCUCUCUCUCUCUCUCUCUCUCUCUCUCUCUCUCUCUCUCUCUCUCUUUUGUGGUGAACUGAAUAAAAACAAACAAAACACAUACAAAAACAAAAACAAAAAAAAAAAAAAGCCAAAGUUUAGACAGAUUUCUGAAAUGCCUCUGGUUGUUUAAAUAGUGAACUUGGUCAUCUUUGUAUCUCGCAGUAGUCAACCAAAAGCAGUUUGAAUUUUCUUGUUGCUUCCUAUGAAAACCACACGUGUACUCCAGGCCACGGAUGCCGUCGCCCCCUAACUCACCCACCCACUGUGGGCUUCAGUGCUGCUGGCCCUCUGCCUUCUUGAUUUCAGAGGCUCUGUUGCUGAUAGAGAAAAACCCUCUUUCCAUCCCCUGUAAGUAAGUGCAGGCACUGUGGAGAAUGGGGAAGCCUGGAACCCAGUGACCCGGACGUCUGGAAGCAUCCUCCUGAGGCCUCUGGUCCUUAUGGUGCCAUCUCUGAAUCAAGGGCCUGGCCCUGUAUCUGCAAGUGGCCUGACCUACUUGGGAACUGUGGGAGAGAAAAAUGUGUUGUCUCUCUUACUAAAAAUGACUAAGAAUGUUCUAGGGCGCUCCGAGAGCCCAUAAAGACAAGGACAAGGACCUUCCUUUGUCAGGCAGCUUCCUGAUGACUUGGCCCAGCAGAAAUAUCAAACUCCAUGUGCAGAGAUGUCGCAAAUAACGGUGCGCUUAGUUCUCCGGAUGACUUCAAGAAAACAGUGUUUUCUGGCCCAGCCUCUCAAAAUAAAAUUUGUUGUGGGGUGGGGCUGAGGGGAGGCAGCUUUCAAAAGAGAGAAGGUUUUCAUCUUCCUUGUUGGAGACCCUGGUAAGAACAUGGAGAGAAUCACCUGUUUGUUGAUCUUGGGGUCCUUCUCAAACUUUCUUUAUAAUUCAUGCGUAUAUGCAGACAAAAUAUGUUCUUAAUUGUUAACAUUGUAUACAACAUAGCCCAAAUAUAUUAGAAUCUGUACUAGAUAAUCCUAGAUAAAAGGUUAGAGAUGCUAGGUGAUGUAACCACAGACACGCCCGAGGAAAGGAGCCUGUGUCUGGAGGCUGGGCCGCUCUCCCCGAGGCCAAGGCCAUGGUGGUCUGGCAAUACAGGGUGUGAGGAGACUGUACUGCAUCCCACGGGGUGGACAUGCGCUGUACAGAGCUUUCCUUGAGAGCACAAAGGAAUCUUGAGACAUUCUGCCUGCCUGUCAGCUUUUCUUUAUUUUUUUAAUUAAGUUUUUGGGGGAAAAAUGUAUUUUUGAAAAGUUUGUCUUGCAAUGUAUUUAUAAAUAGUAAAUAAAGUUUUUUUAUCAUUUAAG